AUGGCGUCGACGACAGGCUCGUUCACCUUUAUUGGCGCCCUUCUUGCCGUCUGGGCUCUCAGAAAGCUAGUGGGUUCGAUUGUGUCCAGAAAUAAACGGGCGCCUUAUCCACCGGGGCCUAAACCAAAGCCAAUCAUCGGCAACUUGCUUGAUUUUCCAAUGGAAUAUAGCGCUCGGGUGUACGCCAAGUGGGGAGAAGAGUAUAACAGUCCUAUCGUACACGCUGAAUCUCUAGGAAAUCAUGUUACUGUUUUGAAUAAACGAGAGGAUGCAGAAGAAUUGCUUGAGCAACGGGCAAAGGUGUACUCCGAUAGGGUCACCAUGCCUAUCUUUAAUUUAUUAGGAUGGGAGUACAACGUUGCUCUAAUGCCGUACGGGGAUGAAUGGAGACAGCAUAGACGGGUUUGCCAACAGAAUUUCAACCCGCACGCUGCGCAGAGAUACGAAACGAUCCAGCUGGAUAAAAUUCGACGCUUCCUCAAAGGUCUUCUUGAAACGCCAGAGGAUUAUGCAAACCACAGUAAACAGUUCUCGAUCGGUGUACCUAUGGCUAUGAUGUAUGGGUAUGACAUAAAGUCUGUCCACGAUCCUGUCAUUGAGGUAGCAGAGGAGGGAAAUAUCCUUGCGGCAACACUAAUCGUGCCCGGCGGGAGUCUCAUUAAUGCAGUGAAAGUAAAGCAGUUGACUGAAGAGAUGAUGAGGAUACCAACGGACUUUGUCCAGAAGAGUAUUGCAGACGGAACGGCCACUUCUUCCCUUGUGACAGAUUUCUAUGAGAAGAAAUACGCUGUUGGAUCCACAAAAGAGGAAGAAGAUAUCGUCCAAAAUAUUGCGUACACAGUUUAUGGAGGCGGGUAUAUUGUUGGCUCUCGAGGCGCUUCCGAUACCACAAUCUCAUCUACCGGGACUUUCUUCUACAAUAUGCUUAUGAACCCUGGUGUCCAAAAGAAGGCUCAGGCUGAGCUUGAUCGCGUCCUUGGCUCGAAGCGCUUGCCAACAUUGGAAGAUCGCAAGUCCCUUCCAUAUAUCGAAGCGAUAUACAGGGAGGUGCUUCGAAUUAGGCCACCAUUACCGAUCUGCCUCCCGCAUCGCUCUACUGAGGACGAUAUUUACAAAGGCUACUUUAUACCUAAAGGCAGUGCUGUCAUUCCCAACGUCUGGGCGAUGACUCAUGACGAAAGCGUAUAUGAAGAACCUUUCAAAUUCAAACCAGAAAGAUUCUUCAACGCAGAUGGUAGUCUAAACAACGACGACAGAAUACUUGCGUACGGCUUUGGGCGCAGAGUUUGCGUAGGCAAACACGUCGCGAGUAAUUCCAUGUGGCUUCUGAUUGCUUCGAUCCUCGCGUGCUUCUCAAUAGAGCCAGCGCGAGACAAGGACGGGAAGGAAAUCGAGAUCAACCACGAAUAUUCCGAGUCUGGGUUUAUGAGUCGCAAGCUCGAAUUCCAAUGUUCAUUCGUUGUCCGGUCACCCGAUAUUGAAAAGGUGAUUUUGGAUCCAAACGAGUGA